GCCAAGCUUUCAUGUCAUCCCAAAAGAUAAAGCAAAUGGCUAGCGGGAAGAACAACUGCCUUCACGUCUCCAAAGUAGGCAUUAUCGGGGCUGGUAUCAGCGGUAUCGCAGCCGCUAAACAGCUUUCCCGUUACAACCCCAUUGUUUUCGAAGCUACGGAUUCCAUUGGGGGUGUCUGGAGGCAUUGCUCCUUCAACUCCACAAAACUUCAGACCCCUCGAUGUGAUUACGAGUUCUCGGAUUUCCCUUGGCCAGAAAGAGAUAAUUCUAGUUUCCCUUCUUAUCGUGAAAUUUUGGAUUAUUUGCAUUCCUACGCUACGCACUUCGACGUGUUGAAAUACGUCAAGUUCAAUGCAAAGGUGGUGGAGGUCCGGUUUACCGGCCAUAGGGAAACCUCCGAUUUUGAUCGGAAACCUGGAGAGUAUGGGAGUCUGUUGAGUGGUCAGCCGGUUUGGGAGGUUGCUGUGCAAACCAACCAGUCGGAUACCAUUCAGUGGUAUGCUUUUGAAUUUCUUGUGGUGUGUACCGGAAAAUAUGGUGACGUACCAAAACUGCCAACUUUUCCGGCCAACAAAAGCCCAGAAAUAUUCAAUGGUAAGGUCUUGCAUACGCUUGAUUACUCCAAGCUCGACAAAGAAGCCGCUUAUCAACUACUAAAAGGAAAGAAGGUUGUAGUUAUUGGCUACAAGAAGUCAGCCAUUGAUUUAGCUGUUGAGUGUGCAGAAGCAAACCAAGGACCAGAUGGGCAACCAUGUACUAUGCUGAUAAGGACCCUCCAUUGGACUGUUCCCUCUUACUGGAUUUGGGGCUUGCCCUUUUUCCUGUUUUAUUCAACAAGAUCGUCUCAGUUUCUCCAUGAAAGGCCUAAUCAGGGCUUUCUCGGAACACUCCUUUGCCUCCUCAUGUCUCCAUUGAGAAGAACCGUUUCCAAGUUCAUCGAGUCGUAUCUCGUAUGGAAGCUUCCGUUGAUAAAGUAUGGGCUGAAACCGGAACACCCGUUCGUGGAGGACUACGCAUCUUGUCAGAUGGCCAUCUUGCCAGAGAAUUUCUUUUCAGAGGCCGAUGAGGGAAGAAUCAAAUUUAAAAGAGCGUCGAAAUGGGGGUUUUGGAGUGGGGGAGUUGAGUUGGAAGACGGCACCAAGUUGGAGGCCGAUGUUGUGGUUCUUGCAACUGGUUUUGACGGGAAGAAGAAGUUGAAGGCAAUACUACCCGAUCCCUUCCGUAGUCUGAUAGAGGAUUCUUCCGGCAUGAUGCCCUUGUACAGGGGUACAAUCCAUCCUUUGAUUCCUCACAUGGCAUUUGUUGGGUACAUUGAGAGCGUUUCAAAUCUGCACACUGCGGAGUUACGGUGCAAAUGGUUGGCUCGCCUCGCGGAUGAUCAAUUCAAGCUCCCCAGCGUGGAACAGAUGCUGGAGCAAAUAAGGAAGGAAAUACAAGUGAUGAAGAGGACAACUAGGUUCUAUAAAAGACACUGUAUUUCGACGUACAGCAUCAACCACAGUGAUGAGAUAUGCCAAGAGAUGGGAUGGAGGUCAUGGAGGAAGAACAACUGGUUCUUGGAAGCCUUCAGUCCUUACAAUAGCCAAGACUACGACAAAGAUAAAUGAUCAAGAUAUCAACCAACAUACAUUAUUAAUUCCUAGGAGGAUAGCAGGAGUACGUUGCUGGAUCGCUUGCUUGUCGUAGAAAAUUCAAGACAAAAUAUAAUGCACGCAGUAGCUAGUAAGAAAAUGUCCUGUUUUGGGGUCCUAUAAAAUAAUACUAUUUAAAGUUUAAAUGCAUGUGAGAAUGUCACUUAAUUUCAACAAGGGUAAGAAAUUAAUUAAGUGGGAUUAUUUUAACAGUAAUUAAUGUCUCUGGCCUUAACUCUCAAGGCUUGUAAUAAUUCUCCAUAUAUGUCCAAAAUGCUUUUGC